AUGUCGUCUAUUUGCCUCUCCGCCUGUUCUACAUCCAGACCGCUAGCGGUUCCGCCUUGUUCCGCGGCGGCGCGUGCCUAUUCUUCCACGGCGGGUAAGGGGUGCCAGUGUUCUCUCUCUUUCCGGCCAGCGAAUGGCUCCGGGAGACUCCUUUCUUCCGCAGGUGAUAGAGGAAGGUUGCAGGUGGUUCGUAUGGCUCCCGACGAAGAGAAGCUGACUCGCCGAAAUCCUCUUGAUUUCCCAAUCGAAUGGGAAAGGCCGAAGCCCGGGCGAAGACCGGACAUAUUCCCCCAAUUCAGCCCAAUGAAAACACCGAUUCCACCACCGUUGCCAUACGAUCCUCCCCCAGAGGAGGAGGAAGAGGAAGACGGAGACAAGAAGAAAGAAGAGGAAGAGGAAGGAGACGAAAAUCCUGAUAAGGAGGAAGAACCGGAGAAACCCGACAUCUAGUAGAUAGAAAAUAAAGUCGGCAACUCGAGCAAAAUAGAGUGCGCAAGCGCAAUUCUGAGCUGUUCUUUUUGGAUCUAAGAGAAGGAAAGUCUUUUGGUUAUUGUAUGUCUUACUAGUUAUUCAAUUCUUACAUUAAGAUUUUGUGCUAUGUUAAUGAAACAUUAGCUCUCGUUCAAUUAGAGUCCUGUUCUUGCAUGAAACCGUUGCUGUAUUGCCCUUUUUGAGCAUAAAGAACCCUUUUGCUAUAC